ACCAUCGUUCAUGUUCAUAUGUAAACAGGAAUACGCGUUUUCAAUUUUAAAGAUUACAACAGGCAUGCUUCCAUAUCUCGGAAGAACUAGGUAGGAAAUGCUCUAAAAACCUUUGAAGCUGAGAAUGAAGUGUUUGAAAGUCGACGAGUACGUCAAACGGACCGCUUGUCCGAAAGACACCGAUGCUCUCUGUGGAGAGCUACAGGAGUAUGUGAAUAAAGGCCCGGGACCGGAGGGUAGGACGCUGUGUGACCGAGUGAUCAGGGCUUGCAACCACCAGCUAGGGACUGCACCCCUAGACGGGGGACACCUGAGUAAAUUGGUGGAGCUGGUGGAGCUGGCUGUCCAUGGCUAUGAGGCUGCGGGGCAGCCAGGGAUGCAGAGCACCCCCUUCUACGUGGAAAAGAUUUUGUUCCACAUUGUCAAGAAGCUGGCCACACAGGGAGCCCACCAGCUUUGUCAGCAGCUGGGAGCUCUAAUGUAUAACAGACUGGCUUCAGCUGCAGAAAUGGAGGACUACCAUCUACUGGUACGAAACUGCUUUGCGGUGCUGUGGAAUGCGCCAGUCAAGACGGCUCAUCAGAGGCUGGGCUGCCACAUGCAGGCCCUGAGCUUCCUGUUGCUGCUGGACGGAGACCCCAGCCAGCCCUGCACCCCUUCCAAGGUCCCUGCGUACACCGAAGAUGCUGUGGCGAAAUUUGAGAGAGGCUGCAAGAUGCUGACGGUGGAUGAUGCCGACUGCUUGCUGCAGGAAACGCAGUGCUUCCUCCGACCUCGGGCCGGCAGCGGGUACCGGAGCCGGGUUGCGCUGUGUGAGGCAGCGCUUCACAUCUGCAAAUGCCUGUGCAAAGCAGGCUUGUGGGACCGGGCUGCAGGCCAGGUGGAGUGGGCCGUCAGCUGGGCAGAGGAGUCGCCCAGCCUCCGUCUGGUCCUGGGCCUUGCCAGGCAGGCUGUGGGCAUCCACCACCUGCUUAGGUCAGGAGAGCAGUGCAGGGAGGCACUGAGUGAGUGUGUGCUUUCUCUCAGGGCUCUUCCCGCUUCUCUGGGUUACCAGGAGUGUCACGUCGUCCUGCAGGGCUGCCAACUUGUCACCUGGGCACUCGAGACUGGCCCAUGCAAGGCCUUGGGAGGGACAUCUCUUCUGGCCUGGUUCUCCUUCCUAAAGGAAUACCAGGAACUCCUGCUCAGACAGAUGCACGCCACAGAAGAGCCAAAAGAGCAGAAGCUGUUCCUCCAGAAGACCUUGUGCUACAGCUUGUACCAAGGCUUCACAAAUGCCUGUGACAGUCUGAUGGAAGCGCAGCUGGAGGACUGUGAGACUCUUUCUAAAGUGCUACUCUACUGCAAAGCCACGGCAGCACGGAUGAUGAGUGAACUGCAGAAGCUGACAACUGAAAAUACUUUCACUAAAGCUGCUACUGCAGUGAACAAUCUAGUUUGUGGACUGUAUAAUCGCAAAUUAUAUGACCAGGCUUUCUCAUUGGCUGAGAUCCUUUGUCAGCAACUCAUCAAGAACAGCCACCCAUCAUUUCCUGUCAAUAAGUUGAAUCGAGCAUUCAUGCUGGCCGUUCAGAGCUCCAGGAGAGGUGGCCAGCUUGAGCAUGCUCUGGACUGGGUUGUGCACUGGAUGCGGGCCCUCGGGAACCGGCUUGUGGAUCACAUGGCAGAGCCUGUCUCUCUUUGGGUGAAAAUCAAGGGCGAUGCAGCCCGUGGGGGCCAGGAAGAUGUGCGGCUCAGGACCCUGCGCGACGGCUUCGGGCCAGACGCCCCCGCAGAGGGGGUGAUGCUCCGCCUGCUGGAGGAGGAGCUUAGGGCGUACAGGGAGGUGGUGGGUGACACAGCUCAGGAGCGCUACAAUACAUUGUGUGACCUGCUAGACAUUUGCCACGAGGGCAGCGCACACACACAAAGCCGUGCUGUCUACCUCUGCGAGAUGGCCCAGGUGGUCUGCUUCCAGGACUUCAGCCAGCAGACCGACUGCACGGCGGUGGACUUUGCCCAGGAGGCGCUCAGGUUGCUGGAAGAGGAGCCGGAGACAGCCGAGAACGGUGACCAGCUGAAGGACCACAAGGCGCAGGCAUCGCUAUGGCUGUACAUCUGCACCAUGGAGAGAAACCUGAAGGAGGCUAUACAGCGGGACCGCAGGCUGUGCGAGGCGCACAGGCAGGUGCGGAGCUACGCGGAGCCCCUAGGGACAAACGACCUGGACUAUGAGGACAAGCAGAAGCAACAGGACAGCCAGCUUGUCUACGACUGCCUGCACUUCAGCCUCAGAGCUGAGAGCAGGCAGUGCCAGCCACUGCAAAGGUCUCUGGAGCUGUGGAGGAGCCUACUAAGCAGAGGCACUGUUCCAGCUGUGAGAAGAGCCAAGCAGACAGUCUCCUCCAUUGUUCUUAUGGGAGGCCUUUUCAGGCUGAUGGGCAAGCCACUGCAGGCUCUUGAGAGUUACCAGCUGGCCACGGGUCUCUCCCGUGGACUGGGCGAUACCCACAGCUGUGCCACCUCCAUGUGUCAUGUGGUCAGGCUGCUGUUGGAUGUUGGUGCCCCUGAACUGGCACAGCUGCAGCUGGAGCAGGUGGAGAAGUUGCUGCCAUCUGUGGACUCUGAUGGGCUUUCCCCACUCAGUGUGCUGGCCAGACUUCUGAAAGCUCAGCUCUGCUACAGUACUGCUCAGGUGGAGAUGGGGGUUUCCCUACUGGACCAAGUGAUGAAGGAGGUGACUGAGCGCAAGCACUCCAAGAGCUGGUACCUGCUGCAGGCCAUGGCUCUCCAGACGGCCAGCGCGUACCUCGGCCUCGACGUGUCUACACUGCCCUGCUACCUCCGCCAAAAAAUCACACAACAUGGGCUGAAGACUGCUGACACAGCACUGUACGAAAGCCUGAAGCUAUUGUGUAGCCUUUUGGUGACACUGGUAGGGAACGGCUUCUAUGGUGCCCACAGCAAUGGCGCCGACACACAUUUUGUUGACCAAGGGGACAGUGUUUUUUUGAAGUGGCAGCUGCUGUCAGAGGUGCUGAGCUGCUCCCUGAGGAUGGUGGCAGUGAGGAGCCACAGUGGAGCUGUCCCUGAGGCAAAGGCACAGUGCCUGGAGGCUCUCAAACUGGCCACCAAACUGCAGACCAUCAGCCAGUGUUCUGAGCUCUUGGUGGUUAAGGCAGAGCUAGAACUGCAGAGAGGUGAGAGGGACCUGAGUGGUAUGGACCUGCAGAAGGUCAAGGAUCUACUGGAUCUGGGCACUGAGUUCAUCAGUAAAGAGGGAAAGGCGGAGGUGAAAAUCAAGCUGAGGAAAGGGUGCCCCACGAAGAAGCUGGUGCCCCCUGAGCUAACACAGGAGGAGGACUACAGGAGCAUUCUCAGCACAGCAGCCUUUCCUCUGGAACCUGUCGACACAGUGAAGGAGUGGGCCCUGACAGCCUCACCUAAACUCAAGACCAAGCCUCAGAACUGGCUGUCCUCCCUGGCUCAUAAAGCAGACUGUGACUGCCCCUGCUGCUCAGACCCUAGACUGGGCCGGGUUGUGGUGCGAUGGGCUGCGGCCCAGGCUGAGCUGGCCCAUCAGCUAGAGCAGGAAGGGGGAGAGAGGCAGAGCAGUAAGCUCUUUCUUGCUGCCUUGUCACGCUGUAAAACGCUGACAGCAAAACUUGGGUUCAAACUUGCCAGUUUAAUGCUGGAAAAUGACAUCCCCACAAAGGAGGUGCCUUCACCUUCCUUUGUCCAUGAUCUAGUGGGCAAAAUCUACCUGCACAUGUCCCUCACCAGUCUAGAAUUGCAUUUGGAAAAAACUGAGGGGACAUGGGAGCUCCUGGAAUCUGGUCUCACUUUCAUGGCCUCACAACGUUCCCCCGAACUGGUGCCCCUUCGAGCCCACCUGCAGACUACCAAAGCCCUGGCUUCCAUCCUAGCUCUUGCUGCCAAUAAAGACUGCCGAACAGCAGAGCUCUUCUCUGCGGCCUGGUCCUGGAAUCUAGCGUCCAAGUGUGAAACUAAGCCUAAAAGGCUCCGCUCAACCAAAACAAUUAAGCAACCUGGAGAGAUCCUGGUGAUAGAAGACACCAAGAAAUGCAAAGACCCAGCUGCAUCCUUAACAGUGCCCAAGGUUAAGAUAACAUUUCCUUCCACCAAGAGCAAACAUUCCAAAAAAAAACCUGUAAUUAAAAGCUCCAAAUUAAAGUCAGCUGCUGUGGAAGUGCAAUGCGGAUUUGACUUUGAUGAUGAAGUGCCCCAGAUUUCUGUGAGAACACACUCUCCUGGUGCUGUGUGCACCCCCAACCAGAAGCUUAAAGGUGCACCCCGAGCAAGACGAGGUGAAGCAAAGCCACGCUCUAAGCUCCAUUUCCAGGUGUAUGAUGAGUCUUCCCCAGUACAAAACAAACCAGGACCAGUACCUGCUGCUCCCAAACGAAGCAAGAGGUCUCGCUUUAAGGUAGAAUUCAGUGAUGAGAGUGAUGCCGAGACCAGCACUCAAGAGGCACCUGGGGCGAUCUGGCCACUUUCCAAAACCAGCUGUGCCUCUAAAGCAACAUCAGAGAAGAAAAAAACAGGUAGGACCAAGAAGAGCACGGCCCUUCCUUCUCCAAGCAGCUCCUCUGUAGAGGAGGACGUCUCCUCCUAUGCUUCCCUUAGGAGAGGCAGAACUAAAAAACAGAGCAUGCCCUCCACUGCGGCCAGAGGUGUUUCCACUAGCAAGGAGGAGCCAGAGAGGCUGAGGGCCAUAAAAGAGGACAUGGACCCGAGCAUGGACAUAAGUGUGGAGAAGCUGCGAGUGUCUGACCUGGUGGAGGAGGAAAAAGAUGGGAGGCCUCAGAAUGUCCCAGACACAGAUUUUGAAGUGCUUAGAAGGGAUCUGUGGGUACACCAGGAGAUGGAGCACCUUGGUGAACUCGGCAGAGCAGACCACACUGGCACCCAGCCCUUCCCUACAGUAUACCCCAGCACAGGGCCAGACGGGCUGUCACUGGACUCGGUGCGAUGUCUCCUGCUUAGUGCCUGGCUGUCCCUCCAACACUUCCCCCCACCCAGACUCUACCCCCAGCUUUGUGGCCUCCUGGCACUGUGUCAUGGACAGAGCGACCCUGUGACCACUGCAAUGCUCCAUUCAGAGUCCUUGGGUGUCACCAUUAGACAUCACAUGACUCGGCACCUAGCUGGAAGGCUUGCGAAAUUAAGAAAGGCAGCAGCCCAAGAUCUGGCAGACAAAUUGGGGUCUCUAAGUCUAGAUGGCCCCUCAACGCAGCCUCAUUUGCAGCAACGUCUUAGCCAGCUGGAGAGAAUUUUUUCCUUCCUCACUCUCAAACCUGAGGCCUUCCCUCAUCAGCAUGGCCAAGAGUUCACACGGCAGCUCGAGAACAUACCUUCCGGGAUGACUGUAUGCCUUCUGUCAGUGGUUGGUGAACAGCCCAGUGCGAUGGGCGACACCAUUCUGCUGUCUCGCCUGGAGAGUGGCGCUCUCCCCAUCACUGUCCGCAUUCCAACCACUCAGAGUGAGUGUCCCAUAAGCAGGAUUGUCCAAGAGAUGGAGGGUGUGCAGAAGCAGCAGAAGAUGGUGAGCAAUGUGGCAGACAAGGCCCAGUGGUGGGAGGGACGGAGAGCGUUGGAUCAAAGGAUGGAGAGAUUGUUGGAGGACAUGAGGGAGACUCUAGGUUGCUGGCAGGGGCUGCUGCUUCCAGUCUCCUCUGACCCCAGGCUCGGCAGCUACGCCAGGAAUCUGCAUCAGACCCUCACAGAGUGCGGAGCGCGGACCACUGAGGAACUCCUGAAGGCCAUCUUGUCUGCUGCCCCCCUUCUCUCACAACAAGACAUGUGCUCUCUGGCAGAGGGCCUAUGUCCAGGCAGAUCUGAGGAGUCCCUGGCAGUGCUGCAGAAGGCAGCGUCUGCUCUAAAGGACAUUGCAGAGCCGCAGGGUCACAUUGUCCUUGUGCUAGACAAGUACUUGCAGAAACUUCCAUGGGAGAGCAUCUCCUGCCUGAGGUCCCGCUCUGUCACCCGCAUGCCCUCUCUCCACUUUCUGCUGGGUCAUGCUGCCUUGAAACAGCUGGAUCCUGGGUCUGUUCUGAAUCAUGGUGUGGACCCACAGCAAGUGUUCUACGUGCUCAACCCCGAUGCCAACCUGAAAGACACAGAAGAGCGUUUCAAAGAGUGGUUCACCAAUGAGCCUGUCUGGCAGGGUGUGUGUGGAACCGCUCCUUCUCCCGAACAACUCCAGGAGGCUGUAACGACAAAAGACCUCUACAUUUAUGUGGGACAUGGAGCUGGAGCACGGUUUCUAGAUGGCCAGAAGUUGCUGAAGGGGGAGCUGCACGCUGCUUCCUUGUUGUUUGGCUGCAGCAGUGCAGCUCUGGCUGUCCAUGGAGAGAUUGAAGGGGCUGGCGUAAUCCUCAACUAUCUCAUGGCUGGUUGCCCACUGAUUCUUGGCAACCUUUGGGAUGUGACGGACCGUGACAUUGACCGUUUCACUAAAGCUCUUCUGCAGUCGUGGCUCUCUGCUGGCCAUGGGGCCCCCCUCCUGAAUCACAUGGCUUCCUCCCGGCAGGCCACUUAUCUUAAACAUCUGAUUGGAGCGGCACCUGUAGUGUACGGUCUUCCCAUUUUCCUGCGAUAAUUUUUAAGUGACACAGAAGCGGACAGGUGUC